AAGGAGCAGGAAGUGUACAAUGUAAAAUAUGCUCUGGAACACUUGGACAACAUGAAUACUGGAACUGUCCAAACGCAAUAUUAUGUUAAUUUAACUGAAUGCAAAGAGUAUCAAUGUGAAUAUUGUCUUAAAAGAGGACAUAAACGAUAUCAAUGCAAAGAAUUAUCAUUGGAAAAAGCAAACGAAUAUAAUGGUUGUGGAUGUGAUCCAAAAGAAGUAACUGCAACAAGAAUGAACUAUUUAAUCAACCCAAACUUUUCAACAUCAAAAUCAAAAAAGAAUCAUUGUUGCAACUGUAAAAUACCAUUUACAAGAAAUAAUUUAAUAGAAAUACAAAGAAGAAAUAAUAGAAUUCGAUUGGAAUAUGAAGAAUGUGCAUAUGAGUAUGUAAGAUACUUUCGGCAAAAUGAACCUCAGAAGAAACAAGUAAUGGAAUGGUUAGAACACAAAGGAAAGUUAAUUGAAUGUUACCUUUGUAAAAAGAAAGGAACAAAAAGAAAAUUUGCAAAUUAUAGAAAUAUAUUCUUUUGUACUUGGGAAGAAAAAUAUGCCUAUCAAAUAUAUCUUGACAUAGUCGACCUUUGCCAUAACUAUACUUAUAAAGGAAGGGAAGGACAUUGGCUCAAUACCAGAUGGUCAGCAGAAAAUUAUAUAACAAUCAAUAGAUCAAUGAUAAAAAGAAUCUACGAAUAUAUUGCAGAAGGAGAACCCAAUCUACAACGACUAGAACUUCUAAAAGUAGAAAAAAGAGGAGAUGAAUUCUCUUAUCCAGAGACACCAAUCCUCUAUAAUGAAGAAAAUAAUGAU